AUGCCCCGGAGGAAAGCGGCGGGGCCGCCCUGGGAAACGGGCCCGGGCAACGGGGCGGCGGCGGCGGCGGCGGCGGCGGCGGGACGCAGCGGAGGAGGAGGAGGAGGAGGAGGAGGAGGCAGCAGCGGAGGAAGCAGCGAAGAAGAAGCGCCCCGAGAGCGGCGGCCGCGGGACGGCAGCCCCGGAGGGAGGAGGCCCGGCAGGCCCGGAGGAGCCGCCGGGAGCGGUGGGGCCGGAGGUGGUGGCGGCGGCGGCGCGGCGAGGGGACAGAGCGUCGUUAUCUGCGAGCCCGAGCACAGCAAGGAGCGCAUCAAACUCGAGGGCUCCAAGUGCCGGGGGCAGCUCCUCAUCUUCGGGGCCACCAACUGGGACUUGAUCGGCCGCAAAGAAGUGCCUAAGCAGCAAGUUGCAUAUCGUAAUCUGGGCCAGAACUUGUGGGGGCCGCACAGGUACGGGUGUCUCUCAGGUAUUCAGGUGCGGAGCGUGGUUUCGGGACCCUGCGCUGCUCACAGCCUGCUCAUCACCGCCGAGGGCAAGCUCUGGAGCUGGGGUCGCAAUGAAAAAGGGCAAUUGGGACACGGGGACACGAAGCGGGUGGAAGCCCCGAAGCUCAUCGAGGUGCUGGGGGGCGAAGCCAUCGUGCUGGCAGCCUGCGGUCGUAAUCACACCCUGGCGCUUACAGAGAGCGGCUCGGUGUUCGCCUUCGGGGAGAAUAAAAUGGGGCAGCUGGGGCUGGGGAACCAGACGGACGCCGUGCCCAGCCCUACGCAGAUCAUGUACAACGGGCAGCCCAUCACCAAGCUGGCCUGCGGGGCCGAAUUCAGCAUGAUCAUGGAUUGCAAAGGAAACCUCUACUCCUUUGGGUGCCCCGAGUACGGGCAGCUGGGGCAUAAUUCGGAUGGGAAAUUCAUCGCCCGGGCGCAGCGGAUAGAGUACGACUGCGAGCUGGUGCCGCGCCGCGUGGCCAUCUUCAUCGAGAAGACCAAAGAUGGGCAGAUCCUGCCCGUCCCCAACGUGGUGGUGCGGGACGUGGCCUGCGGGGCCAACCACACGCUCGUCCUGGACUCGCAGAAGCGCGUUUUCUCCUGGGGAUUUGGGGGCUACGGGCGGCUGGGUCACGCCGAGCAGAAGGACGAGAUGGUGCCUCGGCUGGUCAAGCUCUUCGACUUCCCGGGGCGCGGGGCGGCGCAGAUCUACGCCGGCUACACGUGCUCCUUCGCCGUCAGCGAGACAGGCGGCUUGUUUUUUUGGGGUGCCACCAACACCUCCCGGGAGUCCACCAUGUACCCCAAAGCCGUGCAGGACCUCUGCGGCUGGAAAAUCCGCAGCCUGGCCUGUGGAAAGAGCAGCAUCAUCGUGGCGGCGGAUGAGAGCACCAUCAGCUGGGGUCCCUCACCCACCUUCGGGGAGCUGGGCUACGGGGACCACAAGCCCAAAUCCUCGACGGCCGCCCAAGAGGUGAAGACCCUGGAUGGGAUCUACACGGAGCAGGUGGCCAUGGGCUAUGCCCACUCGCUGGUGAUCGCCCGCGACGAGACCGACGCCGAAAAAGAGAAGCUCCGCAAGCUGCCCGAAUACAACCCCCGCACCAUCUGA